GAGGGCCCGCCGCGCAGCCCUGCUUCCGCUUCUAGCCCGGCCCCUCCGGCUCCAGCCCCUCCCCCAGGAUCUAGCUCGGCCCCCACGCUCCAGCCCCGCCUGCCCUCUCCCUCGGACCGGCAGUCUCCUCCUCCUCCUCCCAGGAAAGACUGGCGUAAGGAUUCAUCUAACCAAUGAAUACUGCAAAAAUAAAAGGUCCUAUUCCCAUUAGCCAAUGAAACAGCGGAGAAGGAGCGUAUGGGGCGGUGCCAUCUUCAAACAAGCUCUGUGAUUAGCAGAUUCUCUAUCAACCGGACCUAGACCGGGAAGGGCUUGUUAUUAACCAGUGGCGGUAAGAUGGCGUCGCUGGAUCGAGUGAAAGUGCUGGUGUUGGGGGACUCAGGUGUUGGGAAAUCUUCACUUGUUCAUCUUUUGUGUCAAAAUCAGGUGUUGGGAAAUCCAUCCUGGACCGUGGGCUGCUCAGUGGAUGUCCGAGUUCAUGACUAUAAGGAAGGAACACCAGAAGAAAAGACCUUCUAUAUUGAACUAUGGGAUGUUGGAGGGUCAGUGGGCGGUGCCAGCAGCGUGAAAAGCACACGAGCAGUGUUCUUCAACUCUGUAAAUGGUAUUAUUUUAGUCCAUGACUUAACGAAUAAGAAGUCAUCUCAGAAUUUGUAUCGUUGGUCAUUGGAAGCUGUCAACAGGGAUUUGGUCCCAAGUGGAGUCUUAGUUACCAAUGGGGAUUAUGACCGAGAACAAUUUGCUGAUAACCAAAUCCCCCUGUUGGUAAUAGGAACCAAACUGGACCAGAUUCAUGAAGCUAAGCGCAAUGAAGUUCUAACUAGAAUUGCUUUCUUAGCUGAAGAUUUCAAUGCAGAAGAGAUUAAUUUGGACUGCACAAAUCCCCGAUACCUUGCCGCAGGAUCUUCUAACGCUGUCAAGCUGAGUAGAUUUUUUGAUAAGGUCAUAGAGAAGAGGUAUUUUAUUCGAGAUGGUAACCAGAUGCCUGGCUUUCCUGACCGAAAAAGAUUUGGUGGAGGAUUUCUGAAGAACCUGCAUUAUGACUGAAAUAUACUCAUAUUUUUAAAGAAUAAACAGGAAGGAACAGAUUUUCUCUUCCUGAUGGGCUCCAGGGGCAAUGUAUUGGCUGUUAGAAUGUCCAGCCUUUCAUGCAUCUGUCUGAAAAAAAUCUUUUCUUCAUACUCCCUCACUAAUGGAAAAAUAAAGGGAAAUUAUAAUAGGGGUUAUUUGUGAGUAUGGAGGCCUUUCUUCCUUCUCUGUCCCUAGCUUCUGUGGAUUGUAUAGCCAUGUGGAAAUAAAGGAUACUUUUAGGUUUAAGCACCAAGCACCAGUGACUUGGCAAGACAGUGAAAAUUUACUCUUGCCCAGUAAAGAAAGGUUUUUUUUGUGUCUCAUCUAAACUUAAGUAUAUUUUAAAAUGGGUGCCUAUUGUUUUAGACUCUCAGGAGGAGAGGUUAUAUUAGCCAGUCCUUAAAUUGUUUUUAGUAGCUAGCUUUCAUUUUUUUGUCAUUUUCAAAGAGGAAAAGCAGAAUUCAUUAUGUCUCUAUCCCAGUCACAUACCCUUCACGAUAGUAGUCUUGUCUGCUGCCCCUCCUCUUCUUCACAGAUGGCUCAGUGACUAGAAGAGGCAGAUUAAGAGGUGCAGUUAAAUAUAAAUACAAAUUAAUAAUACAUGAGCAGCAACAGUAGCAGAAAAAUAGACAAAUUGGUCAGAAGUUGGCAGCUUCCUGAAUCCUGAAAUCAUUGAGCUCUACCUGACUGCAGUCCUCACUGAAACCUAUUUGGGAAUAAGCAAGGAACAUUUGUAGGCCGGCAAAAAAAAAAAAAAAAAAAAAACAGCAGCAAGUGACUUGCAGCCCCUUCACUUAUUUAUUUGAAGUAAAAUUCAACUCUGGAAGAGUAAAUCUUAGUUCGCUCACAUGUACUCAGUGAAUUUGGAAUGUUAUUCUUGGUGCCAGCAAUGGAGGAUUCACUGUGAGAGGAGUAAAAAUAGGCUUUGCAGCCACACAUUCACUAGAAGGAGAUAUGAAUUAUGGAACAGGAUUCUUGGCUUUCUUGAUGGCCCAAUAAUUGGUUUAGGAUUGUGUCAGUUUUUUGCACAGCCUUCCUUUUUUGAUUUUUGCCCAUCAUUUUCACUUGUUACAGUGAAUCCUGCUUUUGAUGCCUUCCUCAGAAUCUCCUUGACUGACCCUCUGUCUGCUCCCCACCUCCAGUGUUCAUCUCAGCUUCAAUUAUCUCCUCCCUCCCCCCACCCCAUCUCUCUCCAUGAUUUUUUAAUUAAGUUCCCACCUCACAGCUUCUUUUCCUCAUUGUAAAAAUAAGGCAUUCACACUCCAGUUUCUCCUCUAUCUUUUUCUCCCAUUUUAAUUACAUUUCAACAUUUAGCCAGUCCAGAAUCAGAAGAGAAGAGUUUACAACAAGGUUUUACGAGAAAGGUUUUGGAGGGUUUGGGGACCACUUGUCACCACCACUUUCUCGCAUAGUUGUGGCCACAUUGGAAUAGGGGUUGGUGGUGGGAGGCAGGGGGUGACACUACUGCGUUAACACCCAUGCCACAUGUGGAUCUUGGCACAUGUUAAUGUUGUGCCUGGGACUGUGCAUUGUUUGCCAUAGAUUCAACAACACCCGGGCAAAAUUCUCCAGCUGUGGCUCUCAUUUCCCAUGUUAAAAAAUAAUUCAGUACCAUCCUUGUCUCUCUUUCCUUCCUCUUGGUCAUUGAUUUUAACCAUUGUGUCUCUUCAUUUUAAAUGAAAGCCUAUUCCCAUUUAUUCCCCCUAAAAAACACAAUAAAACAAACAAAAAUACCUUC